AUGGCCAAAGAUUCCGAUGCCGGAGCCUUCGCCGCCAAGGACUACCACGACCCUCCACCGGCCCCUUUCAUCGACCCCCACGAGUUCACUCAAUGGUCAUUUUACAGAGCCAUCAUCGCCGAAUUCAUCGCCACUCUCCUCUUCUUGUACGUCACUGUUCUCACUGUCAUUGGCUACAGUAGCCAGUCCGACAUUAAACAUAACGGCCAAAUCUGCGGUGGUGUCGGCAUUCUCGGCAUCGCUUGGGCUUUUGGUGGAAUGAUCUUCGUUCUUGUCUACUGUACUGCUGGAAUCUCAGGUGGGCAUAUCAAUCCUGCUGUGACAUUUGGGCUGUUUUUGGCUCGGAAAGUGUCGUUGGUGAGAGCUGUUUUGUACAUGGUUGCUCAAUGUCUUGGUGCCAUUUGUGGAUGUGCUUUGGUUAAAUCCUUUCAAAAGGGUCUUUACACUCGUUACGGCGGUGGAGCCAAUUCUCUCGCCGAGGGCUACAGUACCGGCACUGGCUUAGCCGCUGAGAUCAUCGGAACUUUCGUUCUUGUCUACACUGUCUUCUCUGCUACAGAUCCCAAGAGAAGCGCUAGAGAUUCUCACAUUCCAGUCCUAGCUCCUCUGCCAAUUGGGUUCGCCGUGUUCAUGGUUCACCUAGCCACCAUUCCAGUCACCGGCACCGGUAUUAACCCAGCUCGAAGCUUUGGUGCUGCAGUGGUUUUCAACGAGAGCAAGCCAUGGAAUGACCAUUGGAUUUUCUGGGUUGGGCCAUUCAUUGGAGCUGCAAUUGCUGCAUUUUAUCACCAAUUUAUUUUGAGAGCUGGAGCUGUUAAAGCGUUGGGAUCUUUCAGGAGUACUCAAAGUGUUUGAUGAUUUCGUUGAUGAGGAGAAUAGGGUUUGGCUUUGGAUCUACAAUGUUGAUGGAAAAUGUGUGAGAUUAGGGAAGACAUUUGAGUUUUAGUCUUCUAUUUUAUGGCACUUCUUUUUUAUCUGUGCCUUCACUUUCUUUUGCUGUGUUGUUAUGUUGUGUUCUUCAAUCCUCUUAACUUUUUCAACCACAUAUUUUGAAGCUUUUAUUUCUAAAA